AUGCUCUUUACCGUGAUUGGUAACAUUCUUAUGAGUUUGCUCUUGGCCUCUAUUUUUUACAACUUGAAAGCUGACACGGAGUCGUUCUACUACCGUAACGCUGCCAUGUUCAUAGCAAUCUUAUUCAAUGCCUUCUCGUCCAUCUUGGAAAUCUUUGCCCUCUACGAAUCCAGGCCUAUUGUCGAAAAGCACAAGAGUUAUGCGUUGUACCACCCAUCUGCCGAUGCAUUUGCUUCGAUUAUCACCGAGUUACCAUCCAAGUUCUUUGUAUCCAUCGGCUUUAACUUGAUCUAUUACUUUAUGGUUAACUUCCGUAGAUCUCCGGGUCACUUCUUCUUCUACUACUUGGUUAGCAUCACUUCAACCAUUUGCAUGUCUCACUUGUUCAGAACCAUUGGUGCUGCUACUACUUCACACUCCCAAGCCAUGACCCAGGCUACCAUCUUGUUACUUGCAUUGACCAUCUACACCGGCUUUGUCAUCCCAACCCCUAAAAUGCUUGGAUGGUCUCGCUGGAUCAACUACUUGGAUCCAAUUGGUUAUGCAUUCGAAGCUUUGAUUUCCAACGAAUUCAGCGGUCGCACGUUUGCCUGUUCAAGAUAUGUACCAAAAGGUCCUGACUAUCUCGAUGCCCCCAAAGCUUCCACUAUCUGUUCUGUUGUCGGUGCUGUCCCUGGCCAAGCUUUUGUCUCGGGGGAAACAUACAUCAACACCGCCUACGCCUAUUACAACAAGAAUCGUUGGAGAAACUGGGGUAUCCUUGUCAGCUUCACCGUCUUCUUCUUAUUCACCUACGUUGUCCUUACCGAGUACAACAAGGGAGCUAUGCAGAAGGGUGAAGUUUUGUUAUUUCAAAAGAGAUCCUUGAAGAAGUUGAAACAGCAACAGAAAAUUAGCGAUGAGGAAACCGGUUCGUUGGAGAAGGUUUCUCGGGAACAAGAGGAGGAAGGCUCCUACAAUGAUAGUGACAAGUUAUCUGGUUCAAGUAACAUUUUCCACUGGAGAGAUUUGACGUACCAGGUUAAGAUCAAAACUGAGAACAGGGUCAUUUUAAACAAUAUCAGUGGUUGGGUAAAGCCUGGCCAAUUGACUGCCUUAAUGGGUGCCUCAGGUGCUGGUAAGACCACCUUGUUGAACACCUUAUCCGAAAGAUUAACCUCCGGUGCCGUUACCAACGGAAUACGCAUGGUUAACGGCCACCCAUUGGAUGACUUCUUCCAGAGAACCACCGGAUAUGUGCAGCAGCAGGAUUUGCACUUGGUAACCUCUACUGUUAGGGAGGCCAUGCGCUUCUCUGCCUACUUGCGCCAACCAGCUUCUGUCACGAAGAGGGAAAAAGAUGACUACGUUGAGUACUGUAUCGAUUUGUUGGGGAUGCAAAAAUAUGCUGACGCUGUCGUCGGUGUUGCUGGCGAAGGAUUGAAUGUCGAGCAGAGAAAGAGAUUGACCAUUGGUGUAGAAUUGGCUGCAAAGCCCAAGUUCUUGCUAUUUUUUGAUGAACCAACCUCUGGGUUAGAUUCCCAGACUGCCUGGUCCAUCUGCAAGUUGAUGCGCAAGUUGGCCAAUCACGGUCAGGCCAUCUUGUGUACCAUUCACCAGCCUUCAGCCAUGUUGUUGAAGGAAUUUGACAGAUUGUUGUUCUUGCAAAAGGGUGGUCAGACCAUCUACUUUGGCGACUUGGGUGAAAAUUGUAACACCUUGAUUGAUUACUUCGAGGAGCACGGUGCUCCAAAGUGUCCUCCUGAAGCUAAUCCCGCUGAAUGGAUGUUGGAGGUCAUCGGUGCUGCUCCUGGAUCUAAGGCUAACCAAGACUAUCAUGAGGUUUGGUGCAACUCCACCGAAUUUCAAGAAGUGCAGAGAAAUUUGGAUGUGAUGGAACAGGAAUUGAGCAAAUUGCCAAAGGAAGAUGCUGCUGAUGCAAACCAAACGUAUGCUGCUAGCUUGUGGCAACAGUACGUAUGUGUCACCCGUCGUGUGUUUGAACAAUACUGGAGGUUACCAAUGUAUAUAUACUCCAAGUUAGCGUUGGCAGUCUUUUCUUCGCUUUUCAAUGGGUUCUCCUUCUUCAAGGCCAACAAAUCCCUUCAAGGUUUACAAAACCAGAUGUUCUCAAUUUUCAUGUUGAUGGUUAUGUUUAACACCUUGGUUCAGCAGUAUUUGCCUCAAUUUGUGUCCCAAAGAGACCUCUACGAAGCCAGAGAAAGACCAUCCAAGGCCUUUUCGUGGGUUGCUUUCAUCGCCGCUCAAGUUACAGCUGAAAUUCCAUGGCUGAUCCUUUGCGGAACCCUUUCCUAUUUCUGCUGGUAUUAUCCAAUCGGCUUCUACCAAAAUGCCGUUGUUACUGACACCGUGAACUCGAGAGGUAUCAUCAUGUGGAUUCUCAUUGUGAUUUUUUAUGUUUACACCUCUACCAUGGGUCAGCUUUGUAUCUCGUUCAUGCAGCUUUCCGAUAACGCUGCUAACUUGGCAAACUUGUUAUUCACCAUCUGUCUUAACUUUUGUGGUGUAUUGGCUAGCGAGGAGAGGCUACCUGGUUUCUGGGUCUUCAUGUACAGAUGCAACCCCUUUACCUACUUGAUCCAAUCUAUGUUGAGCAAUGGCCUUGCCAACUCUUCAGUCACCUGUAGCUCUGAAGAGCUAUUGAAAUUCGUCCCAGCUGCUGGAAAGACUUGUGGUGAGUACAUGCAAUCUUACAUUUCCUCUUUUGGUGGUUACUUGGUGGAUGAGACUGCUACUGGUGUUUGUGAGUUUUGUACCACGGCUACCACCAACGAUUUCUUAGGCAGUGUCAAUGCUCGUUACUCUGAAAGGGGGAGAAACAUCGGUAUUCUUAUCUGCUUCAUUGUAAUCAAUAUCAUCGGUACUUUCCUUUUAUACUGGGCCGCCAGAGUUCCAAAGAAGAGCAGGGCCAAGAAAUGA